CCCUCACAUCCUAUGGUGGCACUUUCCCUUCCCUUCUGCAGGUUUAAUUAAGACAUUUGCCAUGGAUCCGGUGUCUGUACUUCUGUCUGUUGUCGUUUGUAUUUUCCUAUUUAAAGUCUUUUAUGAUGGGGAAAAAGAAUCUCAGAACUUCCCUCCUGGGCCCAAACCAUUACCCCUCAUUGGGAAUCUGCACAUUAUAAACAUGGAGAAACCCUAUCUAACAUUUAUGGAGCUGGCUGAGAAGUACGGCUCAGUAUUCAGCUUUCACCUUGGGACAGAGAAGGUGGUUGUGCUUUGCGGCACUGACGCAGUGAGAGACGCUCUCAUCAACCAUGCCGAGGAGUUUUCAGGGAGGCCAAAAGUUGCCAUUUUUGACCAGAUUUUCAAAGGACAUGGUAUUAUUUUUGCGGAUGGGGAGAACUGGAAAGUGAUGAGAAGAUUCUCUCUUUCAACACUAAGAGACUUUGGGAUGGGGAAGAAAACUAUAGAAGAAAAGAUCUCUGAAGAAAGUGACUGUUUGGUGGAAACAUUCAAGUCCCAUGGAGGGAAGCCGUUUGAUAACACCAUGAUAAUGAACGCCGCUGUAGCCAACAUCAUUGUCGCCCUACUGCUCAGUCAGCGCUUUGAUUACCAGGAUCCAACGCUUCUGAAACUUGUAAAAAGCAUUAAUAAAAUUGUCAGGAUCACUGGAAGUUCUAUGGUCAUGCUGUAUAACACAUUUCCGUCUAUCAUGCAAUGGAUUCCUGGAAGUCACCAAAACGUUGUCAAGAAUGCAGAAAAAAUAUACACCUUUCUUAUAGAGACAUUUACCAAACACCGGCACCAACUGGACGUAAAUGACCAGAGGGAUCUCAUUGAUACAUUCCUCAUCAAGCAACAAGAGGAGAAGUCUUCUUCUACAAAGUUUUUCCAUGAUGAAAACUUAAAAGUCCUUUUACUCAAUUUAUUUGGUGCCGGAAUGGAGACGACUUCUACCACUCUUCGCUGGGGUAUCCUGCUAAUGAUGAAAUAUCCGGAAGUUCAAAAAAAAGUCCAAGAUGAAAUAGACAGAGUGAUUGGAUCAGCAGAACCUCGGCUCGAACACCAGAAACAAAUGCCCUAUACUGAUGCCGUUAUCCAUGAGAUUCAGAGAUUUGCCGACCUUGUGCCUAAUAACGUUCCCCAUGCAACAACUAAGGACGUCACAUUCAGGGGAUAUUUCAUCCCAAAGGGAACUCAUGUGAUCCCACUGCUGACAUCUGUUCUCAAAGAUAAAGAUUAUUUCAAAAAGCCAAAUGAAUUUUAUCCGGAACAUUUCCUUGACUCAGAGGGACAUUUUGUGAAAAAUGAGGCCUUCCUUCCCUUCUCAGCAGGUAGAAGAAUUUGUGCCGGAGAGACGUUGGCCAAGAUGGAACUCUUCUUGUUCUUCACAAACCUUCUGCAGAACUUCACAUUCCAACCCCCUCCUGGAGUUGAGGUCCAACUGACCCGGGGAGUUGCCAUUACCUCCAUUCCUACAGAGCAUAAGAUCUGUGCUUUGCCUCGCAGCUAGACUAAUAUCUUAAUACAAUGAGUAUGAGGAGUAUGAGAAUUCCUUCAUUUACUUGUGAUUUUAGCCAUCAUCUUAAAAAUAAUGAGCAUUGUUGUUGCUUUGUACUUUGUAUAUACUGUAUAUGUUUAUGCUUUCUUAUGUUUUGUAACAGUUGUUUGAUAGCAGUUCUAUAAAUAUGUCAUUGAAAAUAAAAUAUUGUUCAAACAAA